CGCGUUGCACAGGUCGCCAUUUCUGCAGGCCGACUGGUGCGCGGCUUGUUUUGGUCCGGCCUGGCUACUGGCGACUGGCGACGGACGGAGAUGGAGUUUGCGGAGCUGAUUAAGACUCCGCGGGUCGAUGGUGCAUUCCUUCACCGACCCUUCCUGCCGAGGGUGGAGGGAACGUUGUGCCUGACCGGCCACCACCUGAUCCUCUCGUCCCGCCAGGACAACAGCGAGGAGCUCUGGCUGCUGCACAGCAACAUCGACGCCAUCGAGAAGAGGUUUGUUGGAACAUUGGGUACAAUUACGAUUAAAUGUAAAGAUCUGCGUAUUAUCCAGCUGGACAUUCCUGGCAUGGAAGAAUGUUUAAACAUUGCCAGUUCUAUUGAGGCUUUGUCCACUUUGGAUUCCACUACGUUAAUGUAUCCUUUCUUUUAUCGACCUAUGUUUGAGGUCUUAGAAGAUGGCUGGCACUCCUUCCUCCCAGAGCAUGAGUACACUUUGCUGUCUGCAAUGACAGAUGAAUGGCGUCUUAGUUAUGUUAACAAAGAUUUCAAUGUCUGCCCGUCCUAUCCUCCCAUUGUCAUGGUGCCAAAAUCAAUUGACGAUGAGAUUCUGAAAAAAGUUGCUACGUUUCGUCAAGGUGGUCGCUUCCCUGUCCUCAGCUACUAUCACAAAAAGAAUGGAAUGGUAAUGAUGUAUAGUGCGCAACCACUGACUGGAACCAAUGGAAGAAGGUGUAAGGAAGAUGAAAGAUUGAUUAAUGCCACUCUACGGCCUGGGAAACGUGGUUAUAUAAUUGACACCAGAUCGAUUACUGCUGCUCAGCAAGCCAGAGCCAAAGGAGGUGGCUUUGAGCAGGAAGCACACUAUCCUCAGUGGAGACGAAUUCACAAGUCCAUUGAGAGGUACCACAUUCUUCAGGAAAGUUUAAUCAAACUGGUUGAAGCUUCUAAUGACCAAUCUCACAAUAUGGAUAGGUGGCUGAGCAAAUUGGAGGCUUCCAGCUGGUUGAGCCACAUAAAAGAAAUAUUAACCACUGCUUGCCUAGCUGCACAGUGUGUUGACAGGGAAGGUGCAUCUGUAUUGGUUCAUGGCAGUGAAGGGAUCGACUCCACUUUGCAAGUUACCUCUCUUGCUCGCAUCAUCCUAGAUCCACAAUCAAGAACAAUUAAUGGAUUUGAGGCAUUAAUUGAGCGUGAAUGGUUGCAGGCUGGCCAUCCAUUCCAGCAGCGCUGUGCUCAGUCAGCCUAUUCUAAUUCCAAGCAGAAAAAUGAAGCACCUACAUUUCUCCUCUUUUUGGAUUGCUGCUGGCAGAUCCAGCACCAAUUUCCAUGUUCAUUUGAGUUUAAUGAACAGUUUCUAAUCGUGUUGUUUGAACAUGCUUAUGCCUCUCAAUUUGGGACCUUCUUGGGAAAUAAUGAAAAUGAAAGACGAAAACUAAAGCUUCAGCAGAAGACUGUCUCACUGUGGUCUUGGGCGAAUAGACCAAAAGUGUUGGAAAAGUACUUUAACCCUCUCUAUGAAGCGAAUAGCUUGGUAAUCUGGCCUUCGGUGGCACCACAAAGUUUACAGCUUUGGGAAGGUGUAUUUCUCCGAUGGAAUCGUUCUUCAAAAUACCUGGAUGAGGCCUGGGAUGAAAUAAUUCAUAUUAUUGAGUACAAUAAGGAUUUACAAGCAAAAGUAAAUGCUCUUCGACGCCAGCUAGCUGAACUACAAACAGACGAUGGAGAACUUGAAAGUCCUUAAACUACUGCAAAUUUAUUAAUUAUUACAUUUACUCUCUUGAAAAAGUAACACUUUGUAUAUGAUGCUGUGCAUGGGUUAGUUCUUAAACACAUUUGAACAUCAGAUUCUCUGCAGUAAGAUUAAAUGUAGGACCCUAGCUAUUAGUUACAUGGUAAUAAUUCAGGUGCCCUAAAACAGUUUUUGAGGAGGAAUAUUUUUCAGUACGGUUUUAACGUGAAAUCUGCAGAUUGAGUUGCUGACCAUUUAAUUUCAGGACUGAUUAAUCAGUCAAAUACUGCACAAGCAUUGAAAGGCAAUUCCUUACCUUGCCUUUGCUUCUCGUUAUCUUAUUGUACUGUCGCUUCUUCUGGCUUCAUCCUUAUAUAAAGUGUGAACAAAUUACUGAAUGUGGGAACAGUUAAAUAAUCAAAUUAUUGAAUCCGAAGGAUCACUGAGUUAUUGAAAUAUUUAUUGAAUUGCUUAAUACUUUGGGAAUUUGUCAGUCUAAUUCUAGUUUAAUUUGCCUUCAGUUGUUGCACCUCAAUGUAUCUGUACUUUGGAACAAAAUGGGUUUCCUUGGAAAAUACGGUUCAACCAGUAUCUACUGAAAUUUGCUCAUGUAGAAACAUUGCACCUACUACAUGUCACAAAUAAUGAUUUCUGCUAACACUGCCAAAUUGCUAUUAACAGAUGUGCAGACCUAUUUGUUACCAUUUGAAACCUUAGAAACACAUCCUAAUGCUUAUUAUACUAAUAUGUGGGCGAAAUCGGAGGCAUUGAAGAGCAUAAUUCUACUGAAUGGAAAAUAUUUUUAUGUUUAAGUGAAUAGUGUAAAUGAUUAUCAUUGCUUGAUUACUAUUAUCAUCUAUAAUGAAAACAUGAAUUGAUCAUCGUAUUUUAGUUUGAUAUGGAAGAGGACCAAACUAGCCGCUAGAGUGGAAAGUUGUUGAAUGAACAAAGACGACAAUAAUAUUAUAAAAGGCACCUCUUGAUAAUAUCAAGAACUUCAGAUGGGCAGAAAUAUCUACAUGGAUGUAAUAUAUUUCUGAAUUGAGAUACCAUUGUUUGCACUUUAUGAAGAAUAUACUUUAGUUAUAUCAUUGUCUGGUGGUAACUCUGCUCUUCUGUAGAAAUCUGUAUAGACUCCUGAGUUGCACCAUUCAACAGUCAUUUUGAUGAAGGGACUGUGGCUAUCUGAAUUUGAAAAUACACUAUAUGCCCACUUCUGACAAACAAUCAUUUCCAGUCAUUAUUUGUAUUAGCACUUUAUCCUUCUAACAGAGGGAUCCAAAUUGAAAUUUUAACUUGCAUAUGCUGCUUCUAUUCUGUUGGCAUUGCUCCUAUAUAAAUAUUUGAAAGGAUUUUGAAGUAGUUGAUGAUAAAGCAGUGACAUUAGUAUAGGACAUUAAUCACACAACACAUCCUUAUCUGUGCAGGUGCUUAUUUUGCUAAUCAUUGAAUGAAAUAACCAUAGCACACUUUAAGUAUAUUUAUGCCUUAAUUACACUACAUUUGUUAAAAUUGGGUAUUUUGGAAGGUAAUGCUAUGAAAUUAGAAAUGUCCUUGGAGGUUUUUUUUAUAUUGUUUCCCAGUAUACUAACUUGAUAUACUAAUAUUUGUAAAGUAUGAAUCGGAUAAUUGAAUAAAUGUUUGAGCAGUUGAAGAAAAAUAGAAUAAAUCUUUUAAAGGUGUGGUCUCAUCAAUAGAAUUGAGAUAUUAAUGAUAUUCUUCAACUUCUCAUUUGUAUUUAUUCACGACCCCCCCCCCCCCCCUUCCCACUGUUAAAUCUUACCACAUCACCCAAGGGGAUAAACGGAGGCCUCUUCCUUUCAGGAGUGAGUUCAAUUUAAAGCUUGGGGGUUACAAAUAGUCUACAACUGGAUAACUUGAAGUUAGUGUGACUGUUGUUGAUACAAUUUUGUGAAGAGUCGUGUUAAUACUUUUAGAAAAUAAUGUAUGGUUCCCCAUUUAUAUUCGAUUAAAGAUGAGUGUGUUCAAGUACUGGUGAGUGUAAUUUUUGCACAUGACAACAUGAUUUUCAAACAUGAUGUGAAUGGUUCUUUUUAGAUUGCUUCGGAAGCUAUCGCUUGCUUAUCAGUGUUAAUGGGGAAUUUUAAAAAGGAUGCAAUUUAUUCUCGGUAAUUAAUCUCUGAUGAACUCGAGUAAACCUUAAAAGGCUGUGUCAAUAUUUGUAAAACAUUCUAUGUUAAGUUCUGAAAUCCUAUCAAAUCAUUCUGUCGUACUGUAUGGCCAAUGUAGUGCAUAUGAAUACAACUGACUUCAAUCUGUCUGAUUAUGUGAACCAGGUGGUUGGAGGUGAUACAAUAUUUAAAGAUAAUUUCAGUUGUCUUUCUCCGAAUUUAGCCAAUUGUUUACUUCGCUUAUGUGGGGUUUUUUUAAAUCAUGUGUUGAAAUAUGUUCAUGAACAAGCUAUGCUCUGUGAACUGUUAUUGAUGGUUAUGUGCUGACUAAAUUACGCAAUGCAUGCAUUGACAGGAAAUGUUAAUUUUGACAUUAAAUAUUUUAAGUACAUGACCCCAUCUGCUUUGUUCAUUCACACAUAUGUUCAACAAAAUCAUCUUUGCAUUAUUUUAAUUUGUCUUUUUGAAAUAAAAGUUACAAAUUCUGUUCA